CGCACCAGUGAACCAAUCUGAAAGCCAAACUCUCCAAAGGUUGAACUGCUGUGCACAUCGUCCCCCAUCCACCAGAAAGGAAGACUAUCAAAAAAAGGCACUAUUCACUUCGGACGCUAAGCGCUUUGAGCCCACAUAAACACCUCAACAGUAGCAAAAUGCCUUUCGGCUAUUCACUGCUCUCGGCGACAGCGAGCGAAUUCCUCAACACCGUGGGUGCCUUCUCCGGCUUCACGGGCGUAGCCCUUGGAGCAUUCGGCGCUCAUGGCCUCCAACGCAAACUCUCCGUCGUCCCCGUGGUCGACGCCGCUCAACGCAUGGCAAAUUGGAGGACGGCAGCCACCUAUCAUCUCGUGCAUACCUUGGCUAUGCUCAGCAGGACAUCGUCGCCGGUUGCCGGAUACUUGUUUGGAGUCGGAAACCUGCUCUUUAGUGGGUCUAUAUAUCUGCUCGUGUUGGAUACGCAGAGGAAGUAUUCACGAUUGCUGGGCCCGGUCACUCCGUUAGGCGGGCUGUUCUACCUAGCCGGGUGGGUGGCUAUGCUCUGGUGUUGAGCUGAGAUGACUUGGACGUGGCAGCAGCGAAGUUGGACGAGGAGGAGGCGUACAGCAGUUGAUCGCGAGCCAGGGGGGUUCAGAUGGGUAUCAUUGAGGCGACAUAGCUAUCACCGACCGUUUGCAGAACCAUCAGCAAACAAACGCU